AUGAAACAUUCAAAAGAUAAACAAUUUAAAUGUGAUUUUGAUAAUUGCAAUAAAGUUUCUAGGUGCAAAACAGCUCUAUUUCUCCAUAAAAAUGUCGUUCAUUUAAAUGUGAGAUUUGUUUGCGAUUGGAGUGAAUGUGACAAACAGUUUACACAUAAAUCACAUUACUUCGACACAAAAGUACAUUCACUCAUUGAACACAAACGCAUACAUUCGGCCGAAAAGCCAUUUAUUUGUCAUAUGAAUGGAUGUCUCAAAAGGUUUCAUCAACUUUCAAGUUUAUAUCGACACAAACGCAUACAUUAUCAGCAAAAGUGA